AAAACUAUGUCUGUUAGUUUAAUUUUAUUGUGUUAGUUUUUGUUUUCUAUAUUUGAAAUCUGCGCUUUUACUAAAAAUGACUAGUUCGACAGUUAUUUUACGUUGCCGCGUGUUCCCUGCCGUUGGUCUGAUUGCUGCGGUUUUGUUUCUAUGCUUUAAGCGUGUAAAGUUAGUUUUCGUUGUACUGCGUUUGCGAAAGGUCGUUUUGCUGUGAGAGAAUCGUUAUGUUUGUAUUGAACUGAUAAAGUAGAUAUUUGUGUUAGUGGUUACUGUAUAUAGUAGUGUUGCAAAACGGAUGAGGUUACCUUUUUAUAUAUACAUCGUAUUAGGAAUAUUUAUUAAAUUACUUUCUUUCAUAUUUGAAUAAUAUUCAGUGCAGCCUACAGCAAACUACGGCAUACAGAUCCCGCGAUUGGCAGUUUAAGCAGCGUGCUUAAUCAAACUGCCGUUAUACGUAACACAAGCAACAGUCUUUUAGAGUGGGGACACCGUUAUAUAUACUUGUGUAGAUUUGAGCUUAUAUUUUAAAUAUAAUCACUGAUUGAAUUAUGGCGGACAACAACGCCUAUGAGAACGACAAUGGUAAGCAAUCCACAUCGUUCACCAAUGAGGAGAGUAAUGGGGAUUAUGAGAAGUUUGACGACACUGGGUUCACUAAUAUAAAGUUGGACGAUGAAAGUGCGGAUAUCCCGAAGCCUUACGCUGGAAUGCCAAAGGACGUCCUCCUGCAUUAUUCCCGCCAGCGUCACUUUGUAUGGGCACGUAACAUCAUGACAGCAGCCGUCAUUCUUGCUAUCCUUGUCCUUCUGUCGUUGGUGAUUGCACUUAUCGCCAUAUCACCAGGUUGCCAACCAUUCUGGCAGACAAGUCCAAUCUACCAGAUCUAUCCCAAGUCAUAUUCUGAUAAUAACAACGAUGGUGUUGGAGACAUCGCAGGCAUCCGGAGCAAGUUAGAUUACUUGAAGGACGACCUUGGCGUGAAUAUGAUCUGGCUCAACCCAAUAUACUUAUCCCCACAAGUAGAUAACGGGUAUGACGUCAUGGACUACGUCACCAUCGACCCCAUGUUCGGAACGAUGGCGGAAAUGGAAUUGUUGAUCACUGAUGUACAUGAUAGAGGAAUGAAAAUCAUCAUGGACUUUGUACCGAAUCACACGAGCGAUAAGCAUGCAUGGUUCAAUGCAAGUUCGAAUCCAUCUCAUGCCCAAUAUGAGAAGUACAAGGAUUAUUAUAUAUGGGCGGAUAGUACGAACGGAGGGAGCACUGGCGUGCCCAAUAACUGGCAAAGUGUGUUCUCUGACACCGAUCCUUCAGCAUGGGAAUGGAACGAUAAGAGGAAACAAUUCUAUUAUCACGCUUUCUAUAAAGAACAACCUGAUCUUAACCUGAGGAACGAAGCAGUGCUUGUUGAACUGGAUGCUGUUCUUACGUACUGGAUGGACCAAGGGGUUGAUGGGUUUCGAUGCGAUGCUGUUGCGUUCAUGUUAGAAGCUACCCAUCUGCGUGACAACCCGUUAGUGGAUGAUACCAAACCGCCUUCCUACACAAACGUAUAUCCUGAUUACACUCAAAACCAAAUGGGAGUUCACGAGAUCAUAGCAAGGUGGCGACAUGUGUUGGACAAAUUCAGCACUGAACCAGGAGUGUAUAGAUUUAUGGAAACAGAGGUGUAUGACGACAUCGACACAGUUAUUCGUUACUACGGGACCCCCUACGUUGACGAGGCGGAUUUCCCAAUGAACUUUAAACUAAUAGACCUCCAGAAGCCCGCCUCAUGGACAGGAAGUAACAUUGAGUCAACAGUUCUACAAUGGAUGCGGAAAAUGCCUUCGUCCAAGUGGCCUAACUGGGUGAUUGGCAACCAUGACAACUCCCGAGUAUCAACAAGAUUGGGGAACAAGUUAGCUUCCUGUGCAGCUUUCCUCACGAUGACUUUAUCCGGUACCCCGGGGAUGUAUUAUGGAGAGGAAAUAGGGAUGGAGGAUUUAGUGAUGACCAACCCGGCGGACACUCGGGACCCAGAGAGAACCCCAAUGCAAUGGGACAUAACUAAUAACGCUGGCUUCUGUGACAAUUGUACAAGCUGGCUACCAGUGAACAACAACUACUUGAGUAAAGGCAUCAAUGUAGAGGAGCAGAAAACCAAUUCCACUUCGAUGUUCAACCUGUACAAGCAGUUGAUCAACUUGCGUUCGGAUGAAACUUUUCGUCAAGGAUAUCUCUGUGUUUUAAUGUCUACGGCCAAAACAAUUGUGUACGUUCGUGAACUGCCUGGAGCCAAAUCCUUUCUCGUUGCGAUCAACUUUGGUGAUACAUCAGAAACCAUUAACCUUCAAUCUUCCUUUCCUUUCCUACCGGGUGUUGGGACGUUAUAUCUUUCAACGUCCAACCAGAUUGGUGGGGCCGUGUACUUUAAUAACUUGCUGGUGGACGCGCAAGAAGGGCUGGCUGUACAAUUCAAGCCAGGAGGGAACUUAUUCAAUAAGCAAGCUGGAAUGUUGGAUCGUUGCUUUACCUCCAAGAAAGUUUGCGUCAACGGAAUCGGUCUAAUGCAGUUUUGCUAAUGCUAAAAAAAGCGACAAGAUCAAAUGCUUUGCUGUCUAAUUUUCCUGAAUAAAUUUUACAAUUUCUUUAAGAGCAUUUAAAUUUUCGUUGUUAAGUUUUGUGAUGCACACAGGGCUCUACCCAAAAUAUUGAUUUUAAUCCCUUUGGAUCUAUCUGUAUGCAGUAGUAUUAGGUUAUGUUUCAAGGAAAGUAUGUUUUUUUGGCAACAUGCUUGUUGCACAACAAAUGUUCUUCGAAAAAGAAUUAACAAGUGUACAUCAACAGUUUCUAGUCUAGUGGGACCACAUAAUACUGUUUAAUUUUCUGUAGUGGGACAACAAACACAAAACUUAUACAUACAUUGGUAUCAAUAAAUGCAUACGCGUAAUGUAGUAGAAUCUGUUUGUGCACUAUUUUCUCAUUUUUAAAGUUGAUUUUAUAUACGAGAGCCCGACCUUUUAAAUAAAGAUUAUACAGCGAAUAUCAAGAAAGUA